AUAACAGUUUCAUUCUUUCCUGCGGGGCGAGGGGCCAAAGCUGAACUCCCUAACUAUGACCCCCACCUCCCAACCUGUUCCCUGCAAAAAACAGAAUCAUUUCCUUCCUGGGAUCUGGGACAUCUUUUGGCUUCUGGUAGAAGCCGUUCUCCUUUCAGCCGGGAGGCCUCCAACUCAGCCACGUUCUUUGGACGCCAUCCGCGCGGUGUCCCAUAACUUUCCUUGCCGGUGGGCACACUGCCUGCGUGAGUGUUUGUUCUCUGCAUUGACCAUUCCCUGCUCAGGCGUCGCCCUUCGUGCUGGGACUGCGGCCUGCUGAGCCCCAGGUAGGAGUUCACGCAUCGCCUCUCCCUCCAGCUGCACCCGCACAGCUGGCGAACUUGGCUAACGUCAGGGGGAGAGGAGGGGUGAAAUGUGGUGCUAGUUUUAGGCACACUGUGCUCGUUAUCAGAUUGCCUAGCCUCCCGACUGGAGUAUUCCUCCGCCCAGCGCCUCGGGCAAACGCGGGAUCUCCCAGGGAAGCUCGGAGGGGGACAGGGAGCUGGUCCCCCUCUGCGACUCGCCCCCCUCUGGCUGGCUGAGUGUCUGGCGCCAACCUCGCUGGAGGAGGCUGUCGGGGGCGGGCCAGCCAGCGGGGCUGCCCUCCUCGCAGUGACGUCCCAGGGGGCGGAGGGGCGACCAACUGAUUCCGCGCCCUCCCCCUCCUCUCCCGUGCGGUCCGUCGGUCCUCGGGAGAUGCUGCUGCCGCGGUUGCAGUUGUCGCGCACGCCGCCGCCCGCCAGCCCGCUCCACCGCCGUAGCGCCCGAGUGUCGGGGGGCGCACCGGAGUCGGGCCAUGAGGCCGGGAACCGCGCUACAGGCCGUGGUGCUGGCCGUGCUGCUGGUGGGGCUGCGGGCCGCGACGGGUCGCCUGCUGAGUGCCUCGGAUUUGGACCUCAGAGGAGGGCAGCCAGUCUGCCGGGGAGGGACACAGAGGCCUUGUUAUAAAGUCAUUUACUUCCAUGAUACUUCUCGAAGACUGAACUUUGAGGAAGCCAAAGAAGCCUGCAGGAGGGAUGGAGGCCAGCUAGUCAGCAUCGAGUCUGAAGAUGAACAGAAACUGAUAGAAAAGUUCAUUGAAAACCUCUUGCCAUCCGAUGGUGACUUCUGGAUUGGGCUCAGGAGGCGUGAGGAGAAACAAAGCAAUAGCACAGCCUGCCAGGACCUUUAUGCUUGGACUGAUGGCAGCAUAUCACAAUUUAGGAACUGGUAUGUGGAUGAGCCAUCCUGCGGCAGCGAGGUCUGCGUGGUCAUGUACCAUCAGCCAUCAGCACCCGCCGGCAUUGGAGGCCCCUACAUGUUCCAGUGGAAUGAUGACCGGUGCAACAUGAAGAACAAUUUCAUAUGCAAAUAUUCUGAUGAGAAACCAGCAGUUCCUUCUAGAGAAGCUGAAGGUGAGGAAACAGAGCCGACAACACCUGUACUUCCAGAAGAAACACAGGAAGAAGAUGCCAAAAAAACAUUUAAAGAAAGUAGAGAAGCUGCCUUGAAUCUGGCCUACAUCCUAAUCCCCAGCAUUCCCCUUCUCCUCCUCCUUGUGGUCACCACAGUUGUAUGUUGGGUUUGGAUCUGUAGAAGAAGAAAACGGGAGCAGCCAGACCCUAGCACAAAGAAGCAACACACCAUCUGGCCCUCUCCUCACCAAGGAAACAGCCCGGACCUAGAGGUCUACAAUGUCAUAAGAAAACAAAGCGAAGCUGACUUAGCUGAGACCCGGCCAGACCUGAAGAAUAUUUCAUUCCGAGUGUGUUCGGGAGAAGCCACUCCCGAUGACAUGUCUUGUGACUAUGACAACAUGGCUGUGAAUCCAUCAGAAAGUGGGUUUGUGACUCUGGUGAGCGUGGAGAGUGGAUUUGUGACCAAUGACAUUUAUGAGUUCUCCCCAGACCAAAUGGGGAGGAGCAAGGAGUCUGGAUGGGUGGAAAAUGAAAUAUAUGGUUAUUAGGACAUAUAAAAAACUGAAAUUGACAAGAAUGGAAAAGAAAUGAUAAGCAAAAUUCUCUUAUUUUCUAUAAGGAAAAUACACAGAAGGUCUAUGAACAAGCUUAGAUCAGGUCCUGUGGAUGAGCAUGUGGUCCCCACGACCUCCUGUUGGACCCCCACGUUUUGGCUGUAUCCUUUAUCCCAGCCAGUCAUCCAGCUUGACCUUAUGAGAAGGUCCCUUGCCCAGGUCUGGCACAUAGUAGACUCUCAAUAAAUGUCACUUGAUUGGUUGUAUCUAACUUUUAAGGGACAGUGCUUUACCUGGCAGUGAUAAAGAUGGGCUGUGGAGCUUGGAAAACCACCUAGAAGUUCUGUUUUCCUUGCUCUAUACAGCAGCACAUAUUAUCACACAGACAGAAAAUCCAGAAUCUUUUCAAAGCCCACGUAUGGUAGCACAGGCUGGCCUGUGCAUCGGCAAUUCUCAUAUCUGUUUUUUUCAAAGAAUAAAAUCAAAUAAAGAGCAGGAAACA